AUGUCGUUUUUAAAAAUCUGCAGACGUGUCAGAGUUGUGGGGCGUGUCAGUGUCAUUCAUACCUGUCGGCUGGCUGGCUGGCUGGGUGGGUGUGAACCACAGACAGUAUAAAGUGUGCCAUGUUACAGUACGUGCGUUAGUGUAGCUGACUUGAAACGGAUACGACGAACGAGGAAGCGGAGCGUUGCAUUGUGGGAGUUGCUGUCCAUGCACACCCAGCGGACGUUAGGAUUCCAGAGGAACGCUCUCGACUAGAGAACUACAAGUACCAAGUGCACCACGCGGCCGCCCGUUUAUAGUGCACAGUUCGAUUUGUUUUGGUUUACGCAGACUGCGCUUUGUCACGGGGGAGCCAAAAGUCCACCGGUGGUACUUUAACCUGGCCGUCACACACCUUUUGACUCUCUGACGAACAACUCCUCCUCCCAGCUCUGUGUUUCGCCACCCUCUCCCUUUCAAGCCCACCGCCUCCCUCGUAGCUCUGUUAUCGGAGCCCAGAAGCUGGCCUGCUAUUAGUUAGCAAAUAAGCUAACUGAUUGCCUGAUUUCACCCAUGUCCUCUGAAGAAGGGUUGAGCUCAACGGUCACGGAUUGGCUUUUCAUCAACUCCUGGUGGCUCCUUCUGCCAUUCAUAAUGCUCCUCGUAGUCGCCGCCUUCAUCGUCGCCUUCGUGUUGCUGUUAUACAUGAUAUCGCCUCUUAUUAGUCCCAAACCUUUGAAGCUGAACGGGUCCCACGUCGUGGUGACAGGAGGCUCAAGUGGGAUUGGGAAGUGCAUUGCAAUAGAGUGCUACAGACAAGGAGCGUUCAUCACUUUGGUGGCCCGGGAUGAGGCUAAAUUGCUUCAAGCAAAGAAAGAGGUGGAGAAGUUUGCCAUCAAUGACAAGCAGGUGGUGUUGUGCAUAUCGGUCGAUGUUUCCAGUGAUUAUAGCCAGGUGGAAAGUGUGAUAAAACAGGCUCAAGAGAAGCUGGGCCCUGUUGACAUGUUGGUGAACUGUGCUGGAACUUCAAUUUCUGGAAAGUUUGAGGACAUGGAUGUAGACCGCUUUAAAAAAAUGAUGGAGGUGAACUACCUGGGCAGCGUUUACCCGACACGGGCCGUCAUAACCACCAUGAAGGAGCGAAGAAUGGGCCGUAUCAUGUUUGUGUCCUCCCAAGCAGGCCAGAUCGGCCUGUUUGGAUACACUGCAUACUCCCCAUCCAAGUUCGCCCUGCGUGGCUUAGCAGAGUCGCUGCAGAUGGAGAUAAAGCCAUACAAUAUCUAUGUGACUGUGGCCUACCCCCCUGACACUGACACUCCAGGAUUGGCUGAAGAAAAUAAAACAAAGCCUCUAGAGACCAAAUUAAUCUCUGAAACCGCUGGAGUUUGCCAACCAGACCAAGUUGCCAAAAUCAUUGUUCGGGAUGCAGUGCAGGGGAACUUUAACAGCUCUGUGGGACCUGAUGGUUACAUGCUAUCAGCCCUCACCUGUGGAAUGUCACCCGUCACCUCCAUCACAGAAGGUCUCCAGCAGAUUGUUACCAUGGGAUUAUUUCGGACCAUCGCCCUCUUCUACCUGGGUAGUUUUGACAGCAUUGUGCGUCGCUGCAUGAUUCAAAGGGAGCAGUCGAAAGCAGCUGACAAGACAGAGUAACAGCCCAAUGCCUGUCCUCCUUCUCCACACACCCCCAUCCUAACCCCUCCUCCUCCAGUCUGUAUUAGUGCACAACCGUAGGUGAGAAAAAGGCCAAGCUUUGAGCGCAUUACUGAUAUCACCUUAACAGAUGGGAUGAAAGAAAGUGGCAGAUGUUUACUGUUUGCUUGUCCAGUGAUGUAACUCACUUCAUAGACUUCAUAGUUUGUUUUCAUUUUUCCUCUCAGAGGAUUCCAGUGACUUUUCAGUUUAAUGUGUCUCCCUGCUUUUGUUUGCGGGAGCAGCCUCACUUUAAGGGAAUGACGACAGACUAAACAUCCAACAGUCUGGUCUUAAAGUAGGUAGGAUUUUAAACCACUGACACUGCAGAUAUCAGGCCUCCCUGUCUCCACUCGCACAGUGCUGUUUUUUUUUUGUGUGUGUGUGUGUUUUUCUCAUAGAGGAAAAGUGACAGAUAGCCUGUCUGACCGGUUGUGCCAAAUAUGGCUCCUUCCCAUCAGGGGCUAGAGUGAAAACCAGAACAGUGACUUUCAGCUUUGCAUAUUGUUUCAUGUAUCUCAAAAGUAGGCCCACCUUUAUAAGAACUUUACAGUUUUCACUAAAUAAGGCCCUCCCUCUUCAACUUUUCAUACCACAAGUCUUUGCAGGCGAAGCACCUUCCUGUUUGACUGAAUAACCUCUGUGUGUGAAACCAGUCGUGACCCUCAGCGUUUUGCUUAUGCUGUGGGAUAUUUUUGUUUUUGUGCUCUGCGUGUGAACUGAGAUGUGAUACAGCUCUCCUCUUCAUUGAUAUCAGAGAGCGAGAGAGAGUGUGUGUUUGGUGUUUUUGAUUGUUUCUUAAAUUUUACUAAUGCAAAAACAUAAUUUCCAGAAAAUAAUAAUUAAAAAAAAAAAAGUUAGACUCAUUGUCAGGGCAAAGAUUUUUGGGUGAACUGAGUGCAAUGAAUGUGUGUCUGUGUUUACUGUGACUGAGCCAACCCCUGGGGAGAAAAAAGCCAUUAGAUUAUAUUGUCUCGGGAAUAAAAGCACCAAAUUAUUUUCUCAUCUUACCAUUUUAUUUGGAAAGCAGGUACUAUGGGUCAAAGCCAUUCAUGGGUUAAAAAUGUGGGUGGGGCGGGGAAAGACGUGCACAGGUAAUUUCACUUCUCACCUGUGAAUUUGACCAAGUUAAAUGCAUGUUUCUCUUUUCCAUUCAAUGUGUGAACGGGAAUCGUAUCAUUUUUACGUACAGUUAUGUGUGUCAGUGCACAUAUUCAGCCUCUCCCUCCUUCAAGAUCCAAGUAGGAUCCAUAAUCUGUUGGGGUGGUGCAAGUCAGGGCACGGCAAGACUUGCUGGUUCAAGUCAUGUCCCUGUAGGUCUAGUGGGGGCGCUAGAGAUUUGUUUUACAUAAAGGCCAAAAUAGUAGAGGGACUAGCACGGAAGUGUGAUCCUUGCCCCUCUGCUGUCAUGCACAGUUGGGACUUUGUAGCUCCCUCAAUAUCGAUUCCCUCCUGAUUUCUGUCAAGCCUUUAAAAAAUCUUAUUUUCCAUAUGCUUUCUUUCUUUCUUUAUUUCUUUAUGUUUUGCAUACAGUGGGAUUUAAAAGUACAGUGUUGAAAGUCUUCCUUUGGUCCAUCACAAAUGGGGAGAAUGUACUUUAAUACAAAGCAUACAAAUCAGAACACAGGAAUAUUAUUUUUAAAUAGACCAAUAUUUAAAUGCCAAAAUGUGUUAAGACAAUUUCAGUAGAUGCAAUUCAUUUAUUUGAGAUUGAUUUCGAUGUUGCUGCUCUGUUGAUCUUUAGAGUUAGUUCGUUAAAGCUGUGGAGCAGCGUAGGGACCCAUUCUAAGCCUUAAGAUGCGACUACUGAUGAAGCUAUAAGAAUGGGCCCGUCCACAGAACAAUGUGGCCUAACCCACAUGUUGUUUACCAGUUCAUUUAAAACUUAAUCUUUAAUACUUUUUUGUGUAAAAUGCCAGCUGUUUUUUUUUGUUUUGUUUUGUUUUUUGGUGUGUAUUUUGUCUUUCUAUGAUUAAAAAGAAGCCUUACUGGGAUCCAAGAUAUGAAAGUGAGAAUGGAUGACUCGUGUUGGAUGAUGUUCUCAUUUGAUAUUGGUUAAAGGCAUACUGUCCUGCACUCAAGCUUUUCAUUGUUGUAUAUUUAUUGCCAUCAGAAUUUCUCUUUUACCUUGAGGUAGCAACACAUAGUUGAUAGAACAUGUAGCCCAUAUAAAAGCAGUUUUGUUUUAACCUUUUAAGCUAUGCAAAUGAAGCCUAUGCUUACAGUAUGUUUGAACAUACAGUCAAGAUGUGAAUUCUGUAACAGUCACGCUAGUUUCCCCUAUUCAGCGGUGUCAUCAUCAGAUACUGAAUGAGUUUUUAAGUAUUGAACAUGAAAGUCAUAACGCACUUGUUUCAUUAUCCUUUCUUUGCUUUUUAUUACUUUUUCUGCCAAAAAACUUAACACCUUCACCUUGUGUGCCAUUGAAAGAAAAUGUGAGAAGUGGAACGUUUCUUUGUCUUAUUUUCUUACAUGAUAAACUAAAUAAAUACCUGU